AUGAAUCGUGGUGCCGAGGAGGAGGAGGAGGAAGAAGAGACCACGACCACUGGCGUGGAGAAGCCAAGCACAAUGACGCUGGCGGAGCACGAGGCGCGCUGGGGAUUCACCCUUGACGAGCUGCAGGUGGCCACCAAGGUGGUCCGCACUCUCUUCCACAAUCCGUCGCUCUUUGUCGGCGAUUCAUACCUCUACGAAAGCCGCCUGUACACCAUGAUCACGCGCGACCGCAAGACGAAGCGUGAGAACCGCGAUGUGUACAAGGCAAUCAUGAACGAGGAGAAGAGCCGCCGGAAACGAUUCAAGCGCAUGCAGGACAUUGAAGCCAUCCGUCGCACAGAAAUGAAGCGUGAGCGGGAGGAAGCGCUCAGUGCACUCCUGCUGCCGCCUUCGUCGUCAGCGGGAGCAGAAGAAGACGCCACGGAGCCACUGCUCCUCUGUGAUCGCGUGGACGACAAUGGAGAUGCCACUGUAAAAGACGCCGAAAAUGGGGCGGACGAUUCUGGCAGCCUCUCCGCCAGCGACCGGCAGAUCGCUGCGUUGAUUGGCGCCUUCGAGAACGUCAUCCGUCUCGAGGAGGCGUACGCCGGGGAUUUGAAUUGGCUCGCCAUUUCUCAGCUCGUGGCGCAGGUAUACCGCUACAUGCCGCACGCCUUUGGCUCACAGUUGCCGCCCGCAUUGCUGCACGGCACCGUCCCCGCAGGGACAACGCGCAAGGAGCGGGAGAGGUUCACAGCGGUGGUGAAGCUCCGCAUUGCACAGCGCUGUGCCGAGUUGAUUGCGUGUGAGGCACCUGACGUCGACAACAACGACGAUAACAACAACAACAACAACGGAGACAAGGAAGAUGGUGGCAGCGUUAACGCCGGAUUCCUUCUUGGGAGUGAAGACGUGUUUGUGCCAGACUCCACACCGAUGCGGAGUGUGCCACUUCUGCGGCGUUGUGGAGACCUGAGGUCUGCGUCGCCUGAGGUGAAGCACGCCCUGCAGCAUGUCACACCAGCGGCAGAUGCCCUUCGAACGCUCGAGCUUGUGCUUGUGGAUGGGAUUGCUGACACGCGGUUUGUCUCCUGUGAAGCAAAUGAUGGGCCUGUGUGUUCGGCGGAGGCAUCACUCAACCUUUUUAUUGCCCGAAGAUUGUACGCGAGACGUCGGUUUCGCGAAUGGGGUGAGUCUCCCUUUGUGUUGCAGACCCGUCCGCCGGUGUCAGAAGACGAGGAGCCCGACACCUACUGUGUUUUCGAUGAUGCGCAGUUCUACACGGCGGGCCACACCAUCCCGCGUGAUGACGUGCUGCAGCUGAAUCGUUGGCUUGGGUGCCACACCUGCCGGGUGCGGUACAACAAGCUGCAUCCGUAUUACUACAGUCUCUGUCACCUCUGCGGGGAGUACAACUUCAACAAGAGGCUGCUGACGCGGGACCUGCGUGGCAAAGUCGUGUUACUCACCGGGUGCCGAAUCAAAAUUGGCUUUGCGAUGGCUCUAUCUUUACUGCGGUGCGGCGCACGACUGUUGGGCACCACCCGUUUUGCCCAUGAAGCGUUGGCGCGCUUCCAACAGGAGUCCGACUACGCAGAGUGGAAGGAUCGCCUACAUCUCUUCUCCCUUGACCUCCGUGAUAUGUGGGUGGUGACGCAGUUCUGCGCCUUCGUGACGCAGCAAUUUCCAAAACUCUUCGCGAUUAUCAACAACGCCGCACAGACAAUUGCGCGUACACGGGAGUACACUGCCCGCGUGCGGCAUGUUGAGGCCCACCCGCCGCAGGACCUCCACUGCCGCCUCUACGACGAUGCAGCCACACGGGAGUGGCACCAGUUCUUCCUCUCCCACUCCUCCGUGACGAUUGGGGAGCCUCUCCGCAUGGAAUACCACCCACACGAGCAGCCGUUCCUCGACGACGCAGGCGGUGACGGCAGUGAUGGAAAGGGAGAACCGCGUGGGCUGAUCACUGCUUCCGCGGCCACUGCCAUCGCUGUUGGCACUCGGGCUCUUGGAUUUGACCGAUACGAUACCCUCGCGGAGGAAAGCGAUCACCGCGAGACAAAUUCAUGGGUCAUGCGGCUGGCGGAGGUGCAGGGAAGCGAGGCGGCGGAGGUCAUGGCCAUCAACGCACUCUCCCCAUUCAUCAUUAACAGCAAACUAAAGAAGUGUCUGUUGAACCGCGAGGGUGACGCGGUACCCAACGAGGGGCGUUUCAUCAUCAACGUGUCGGCGAUGGAAGGGCAAUUCUACCGGUUCAAGCAGGUGACGCACCCACACACAAACAUGGCAAAGGCCGCCCUCAACAUGAUGACGCGUACGAGUGGAGAGGACUACGCGCAGGAGGGAAUUUACAUGAACUCUGUCGACACCGGGUGGAUCACCGAUGAGUCGCCCAAGGCGAAGAAGGAGCGGCGGGCGGAGCAGUCGCUGCUCUGCCCACUCGAUGAAGUUGACGCCGCCGCGCGCUGCUUGGAUCUCAUAUACACAAACAGCAGGGAGUACGGCAAGUUCUUUAAAGAUUUCAAGGAGAUCCCGUGGUGA